AUGUCGAAGUACUGCAUAUUGUUAUGCUUUGAGGACCCAAACAGUUCCCUCGCCAUUCAGUUAUACUCUGGGAAAAGAUGCCACCCAAAAAGGUGUUCUUCUGGUGCAGGGUUGAUCACAGUGCUCAAUGUUAGUGUAAUGGGAGCAGAGUGGUUAUUACAAUGUUGGUGUGCAGGGGAUGUGGCAUGGAAAAACGUGAGUGUGGGUAGUGGUGAGUUUAUGAAAAAGUCAUAGACUUUAUCAAGCAUUAUUUGGUAGGCUUUGAGGAGUACACAAUCUUUGGCGGGCCACAUGUGCACUGGGCUCCAGUGAG